GUUGGUGCGGCGUGGUUUUCUUUGCCGCGUUAACGGGGAAGACCGUUGGCACCCUCCCUUUCCGAGGGGGGCGGGGAGCACUUCGUAAACUGAAUUAAGGAGAGGAUCUGAGGAGGGUUGUAGGCUGUCGAAACCCUUGUGCUCCCCACUCAGGAGACGGCCCGGGCCAUCUGCGCGUCGUGGUUUUCGCAUCUCUAACCGAUCUUUCUCCACAGGUUCAUGGAGCCAGAGAAGGAAAGGACCGGGAGGACCCCCAAGAAGGGCAGGAAGAGGAGGCGGGUCCCGAAUAAGCUGGUCGGGGCGUCAGAGGUGAUGAGAGACCGUUGGGAUCUUGAGGAGAGGCAGCAGCCCGAGGCCAAGAAAGCCUGCUUAUCUACCAUUUUACUUUCUGAUACCCGUGAAAUAACUCAUGGCCAGCUAUGUGAAUUGCUGAAGUAUGCAGUUCUGGGCAAAUCCAGUGUUCCUAAACCUAGCUGGUGCCAACUUUUUCACCAAAACCACCUGAACAACGUGGUGGUUGUUAUACUGCAGGGAAUGAGUCAGCUACACUUUUACAGGUUCUAUUUGGAGUUUGGGCUUCUCCGAAAGGCAUUCAGACACAAGUUCUGCUUGCCUCCCCCAUCAUCUGAUUUCCUAGCUGAUAUCAUUGGGCUGCAAAAGAAACAAAUAAUUGGGGAUCUGCCUAAAGGAAUGGAAGGGUCUUUACCUUCUUCCAGCUCAGAAGUCAGCAUCAACCUGCAGAAUGACCCCAUCGUUAAAAAGUAUGGCUCUAAGAAAGUAAGCUUGACCAGAUGCCUUCUCACAAAGGAGGAAAUGAAAACAUAUCACUUUCCGUUACAAGGUUUUCCUGACUGUGAAAACUUUGUGCCUAUAAAAUGUUGUGGUUCUAUAACCAACAACAGUCCUCUCUUUGGGCUUGACUGUGAAAUGUGCCUGACAUCCAAGGGGCGAGAACUAACACGCAUAUCACUGGUUGCUGAAGGAGGCUGCUGUGUUAUGGAUGAACUUGUUAAACCUGACAACAAGAUUGUGGACUACCUCACCAGUUUCUCAGGAAUCACAAAGAAGAUUCUUAACCCAGUGACAACCAAACUCAAAGAUGUACAGAGACAGUUAAAAGCACUGCUUCCUCCCAACGCUGUGUUAGUGGGCCACUCCUUAGACUUAGAUCUCAGAGCACUGAAAAUGAUACAUCCAUAUGUUAUUGAUACAUCAUUGCUUUAUGUCAGAGAGCAGGGCAGAAGAUUUAAGCUCAAGUUCUUAGCCAAAGUUAUUUUGGGGAAGGAUAUACAGUGUCCAGAUAGGUUUGGUCAUGAUGCCACAGAAGAUGCUAGAACAGCCCUUGAAUUGGCUCGGUAUUUCCUCAAAUAUGGCCCAAAGAAGAUUGCAGAACUAAAUCUGGAGGCACUAGCUAGUCACCAAGAACUAGAAGCAGCAGGCCUAGAGCCGAGAAAUACAGCAGAAGUAGUGCAGCAGCUAAACACAAGUGUUUUAGAAUGCUUGGACUCAGUGGGCCAGAAGCUGCUUUUCUUGACUCGGGAGGCAGAUGCUACUGAACUUUCUUCUUCCAAAAACUGUCAAACUAUUAAGUGCUUGUCAAAUAAAGAGGUUCUUGAGCAGGCUAGAGUGGAAGUCCCCCUGUUUACUUUCAGCAUUGUGCAGUUCUCUCUUGAACCCUUUCCACCCAACCUCAGUGAGGAGAUGAGCAAAAGAAUGAAGAUCAAGUGGAUGGAGAUGUCAACUGUCUAUGCUGGGCCAUUUAGCAAAAAUUGUAACCUUAGAGCUCUGAAUAGGCUGUUUGAGAGUUUUGGUCCAGUCCUGUCAGUGACUCUUACUCUUGAAUCCCAUCAGCCACAUCUCUGUAUACAAUACGAAGUCCUGGAAGGUGCCCAGCUGGCCAUAGAGUCUUUGGAUGGCAGCCUGGUAGAAGGUACCUGCAUCAAGGUGCAGAGGCCUGUGACAGAGCUCACCCUUGAUUGUGACAUCCUUGUGAAUGAGCUGGAACAAGAUUCUGAGAACCGAGGUACUAUAUACCUGUCUGGAGUGAGUGAAACCUUCAAGGAACACCUGUUGCAACAGUCCAGCCUCUUCCUGGGCCUGGAAGCUCUGAUCUUGCCUAAAGAUCUUAAAAAUGGAAAGCAGAAAAACUACUGUUUCUUGAGAUUCAAAACUUUUGGCAGUGCCCAUAGGGCCCUUGGCAUUCUCACAGGCAAGAACUGGAAGCUGAAAGGCAGGCAUGCCCUAACCCCCAGGCACCUCCAUUCAUGGCUCAGGGGCUUACCUCCUGAAUCAAGGCCCCCAGGGCUUCGUGUCAUACCUCCUCGCUCGGAGCAGGAGGCCGUGCAGAUGCUGAACUUGGACCACCCAAAGAUAGCAGCCUGGCGCUGGGGCAGGAAGAUAGGAAAGCUCUACCACAGCCUGUGCUCAGGCACCCUCUGCCUCAUCCUGCUGCCAGGAACUGAGAGCCAUAAUGAUCAAACCCAGCAGCAGGAGCACGUAUUUCCCCAGACUAUACGCUUGCUGUGUGACUGACUUCUCUGGGCCUCAUCUGUGCAGCUGUCUCCAUGAUGCCAGCAGAUAACACUUGGGAAAGGGUAAAAGUGGCUCAGGAAGAAGGAGUAGCAAGGAGAGUAGAAGGUUUCCUCGUGCUGGGAGCCUGACUCAGCUCUUAAUCCUUAUACUUCUGGUGACUGCUAAAAUUAAUACUGAAAAUAUUAAUAAUUGCUAUAAUUCAUCAAACCCUUAAUGUGUCAAGUACUGCUAAGUGCUUUUAUAUGCAGUUUUGGUUAAGGUUGUUGAAUCUCCAUUUAACAAGAUGAGAAAAAGGCUCAGAUUAAGCAACUUGCCUACGGUCACCCAGCUAGUAAGUGCACAAUUAAUAUUUGAAUUCUGAUGGUCUCUAGGUCCAGAGCCACUCUCCAGCACUUAGAGCUCCAGUCCUCCAUAGCCAAAAGGCCUGUGGCUUGUUAGCUUAAGUUCAGACAUCGGGUGGAGACAGAUUCUGUGUUUGUCUUUGCUCAUUUCUGCCUCCUUUGCCUUGGAGAGCACCUCAGCGCUCUAACCCAAUUCCAAGAAUAUUCACUACAUGGUGGCAGGGAACUAAUAUGUACCAGAUGACUCCUGAAUUCUAAGCACUGUGCUAGGUGUUUUACAACAUACAUUAUUAAAAGUUAACGUCUUGUAAAGUUUUUCAAACAGUGCCUGGCACAUGAUAGGUGCUACAAAAGUGUUUUAAAUAAAGCAAACAAAAUUCUAAUAGCAGUUUAAAAGGAUUCUGAUGACAGACUGCCAUUAUUACCUGGUUUUGUCAUCUAAUGGUUGUGUGAUUUGAGCAAGUUAUAUAAUGCCUAUAAGCCUGUUUUUAUAUUUGAAAAGUGGACAUAACAAUUGUAUCUAUAUCAGUAUCUAUAUAAGGUACACUAGCUGUUUGGAGGAUUAAAUGAGAACACAUACAGAGUCCUAACUGCUUGACAUGCAGUAAGUGCUCCAUAUAUGUUAACAUGUUAGCCAUUAUUGUCUGUAGUCCUCACAAAAGCCCUGUGAGAUAGUAAUUUUAAUAUUUCUUUAUAGUUGAAGAAACUGAGUCUUAGUUUGAGAUCAUUCACCCUUAGUUGAGAUGUGCCUCACAUCUGUUAAGUGGCAGAGCUAUGAUUUGAUUCUAGGCAUCUGGGACUAGUCAAUAUUCUUUCCAUUGGACCAUUUUCAGCAGGCAGCUUUCCAUAAGCUGUCUACCUGCCUGCCCCCUGCCCCAUGGCACAUACACAUAUCAAAAAAAAACACCUUUUUCCUCUACCUUAGUCUAUAACCAUUCAUUCAACUCUGUCGACAAAAACUAUC